UUUGUUCAUUUACAGUAGCGUGUGUGAGAGGUAUAUGCAGUUUUGCUUUUGUUGAUGAUGUCUUUGAUGUUAUUGUCUUGCCACCUGUGGAUUGUUUUUAUUUACUGAAGUUCCAUGCUCUUAUCACACAUCUGACAAGAUGGCGGGAGGAAUCUUCAACAGUUUGGAUUAUCAGUGUAACGUGGAUUGCACAAACGUCCACCCUCUAGUUUGUCACCUGUGUCACGAGCAGUACCAGUCACCAUGUCUGUUGGACUGUUACCACAUCUUCUGUGCUCGAUGCCUGCGAGGCCGAACGAGUGACAGCCGUCUCAGCUGCCCCCUCUGUGGAUAUCCAUCCACGGUGAAGGGGAUCAAUGCUCUGCCACCAGAGGACCGACUGCUGAAGUUCCUUGUUGACAAUAAUGCAGACACUGAGGAAACAGUCCCGUGUGCCAAUUGUGAACAGGAAUGUAACAAAAAUGACACAGGGAUGAUGUAUUUCUGCAAUACUUGCAGCCAGCCACUGUGUGGCGCCUGCAGGGAGCUGACUCACAAGGCCAGGAUGUUUUCCCACCAUGACAUUGUUUCCUUGGCCCAACGCACUAAAGCCAAACACAGGAAGUGCCCUCUUCACAAGGAGCCCUACAUCCUCUUCUCAACAGAGAAUAAGUCUAUGCUCUGUAUCAAGUGCUUCAGAGACAUGCAAGUGGAGAGUCGGACACACUGCAUGGAUAUUGAAACGGCUUAUGUGCAAGGAUGUGAGAUGCUGGACCAGGCUGUGCUGGUGGUGAAGGAGCUGCAGACUUCAGCACGAGAGGCGAUCCUUCUGCUCAGAUCAAUGAUUGGAGAAGUGUGUCUGAACGUGGAAGAGGAGGAGAACGCAAUCUGCAGUCUCUUCAACAGCUUGCAGGAAAAACUAGCAGAGAGGAAGAAGAUUCUGCUGAAAGCAGCUCAGAGUCAACAUGAGGAGAAGGAGAGAGCUCUGAAGGAGCAACUCUCACAUCUCACUGCCCUGUUACCGACUUUACAGGUUCACCUGGUCACCUGCUCAGCCUUCCUCAGCUCAGCGAACAAGUUUGAGUUUUUGGACAUGGGCUACCAACUAAUGGAGCGACUGAAGAGGAUCGUCAAGCUUCCACAUCGCCUCAAACCGGUGCAGAGCAGCAAAAUCAACACAGACUACAGAAGUGAGUUUGCUCGCUGUCUGGAGCCUUUACUGCUGCUGGGACAGCGCUGCCCUCCCUCUGUCGCUGGAUCUACAAGUGCUGCAACAAGGCUCCAGUCGCCUCUGUCCAUGUCCUGCCGUUCCCCCUCUCUCAGUGAAAUGCCCCUGGAAUCUGUAUUAGGGCGAAGGAUGACGUCACACCGCAACAUCUGCACCAAGGUUCUCCUGGCUGAGGGCAGGGAAACGCCGUUCACUGAGCACUGUCGUAACUAUGAGAACAGCUACAGGACUCUCCAGACAGAUAUUCAGAAUUUGAAGGACCAGGUCCAGGAGCUGCACCGAGAUCUGACCAAGCACCACUCCAUCAUCAACACGGAUAAAAUGGGCGAGAUCCUGGACAGGUCACUGUGCAUUGACAGCCAGAUAACUUCCCAGUAUUCCACUGUGGAAACUAUGAGAGUCAUGUUUGAAGAGGUGUGGGACGAGACGUUCCAGAGGGUUACUAAUGAGCAGGAGAUCUAUGAAGCUCAGCUGCUGGACCUGAUGCAGCUGAAACAGGAGAACUUCUACCUAACCACCAUCACCAGGCAGAUCAGCCCCUACAUCAUGUCCAUCGCCAAGGUCAAAGAGAGACUCGAGCCCAGGUUUCAGGAGCCUAAAGAGCACCAUGACGACCGCACAGAAACAAUGUUAAAAAUCUAUGAAGACAGCUCAUUAACAAAGGAGAGUCACAACAGUGACAACCAGACCCGUGUCGCAGAGCAAGACAAGAACAACCGCCCACUGAUCCUCGAAUCUGGAGAGAGCUGCGUCAAAACGGAUCAUCCGAGCCGACAGAGGGGAUCAACGGAGGCGUCCGGCCACAGUGAGAUGCCUUCAUAAUCACGCUUUCAUUUGAUGUCUUUCCUUCUUCCUUUCCUUUACCCUGUGGAGCAAUGUGCCUCCAAUUCAGUUAUAACAAGCCCAGGAUGGUAUGUGACUCAUUCACCUGUCCACACGCUGUAAAUGACAUUUUCUCAUGAGCAGGGAGCUGUCAACAGCUCCACAUUGAGCUCAUGAAGAGACAUACAUACAUGCAGGUCAAAGGUCACAGCUCUCAGAGCCUCACAGGAAAAGCCUCCUUGUUCCAGGUGGACAGAGAUGACAGCAUCAUAAAGAUUUACCUUGUCUGGACUGCAUGUCUGUGCUAUGACUGUUAAAAUGAUGAGUAUGCCGAGGGUGCGGAAGAUCGUCUUUUUAUCUACAGUGUGUGUAGGGAUUGUUUUUUUUGUUUUUUUUGCAGUAUCUUUGUGUUGCAUAAAACAUUUUUUGGAGGCCGAUGAUAAACGACCUAGACUGUGGGAGAAGAUCGUGGAACUAGUGUGAAGGCGCAGAUGUGUUUGUCAUUGACGCUGUCAGCAAAGGUCACAUAUUGAUGUGUAUCAUCUCAUGCAUUAGUCUCACCCAAAAUAAAAAAAACAACCUUUUACGGUCA